AUGCUGACUUCUAUCCAGCUGAUACUUUUGCUUUUUUGGACGAGCAUUAGCUCAGCUGAUGCAGAGAGACUUUUCCACAGGAGGGAUCAUUCAGACGUGCAGAACCUGGACUCUCACCAAGCUGAAGUCAUAACAGACAAGUACUCAGCAGAGGUAAUUAUCAUAUUUCUCACAUUUAAUGAUCAAUCAUGGGAGGCUUAAAACAAACCCAUUCCUGCUGUUUUAGUUGUAUCUGUCUAGAUAUGGAUUCAUCAAACCAGUGAACUGGGAGGAGAUCCAGUUUGAAGAGUCCACCUUUGCAGCGGACUUCCUGGAUGACUUUCCCGAUAAAAUCCUGGAGGGUUCCUCGGCGCAUCGCACUAGGGAGUCUCCACAUGUUAGUGAUGAAGACGCCAGGAGCAGUUUCAUGGAGAGCCAAGCUUUUAUUUCAGCACUCGAGGAGUUUCAGAGGGUGUCAGGUCUGCUGGUUACAGGCGUGUUUGAUGAGGCCACAAAAGAGGCGAUGAACAAACCGAGAUGUGGAGUGCCUGACAGGGAGAUUGAGCAGAACCCUCAUGAAGAACAGAACAAUAGCGACUUUGACAUUGAAGACAGUUUUAGUGACACUUUUAACGAGACUGAGAGCAACAGCGUGGCGAGUAAUACAACCGGCGACAGCACCAAUGGCUCUGAAAACCCCUUUGAAGAUGACAUAUUCAAUUUUAACGACACAGAAAGUGCGCUCGGAGAGCUCUCGAACCACACCAGCAGUAAUUACACGGAUGAUUCUCUCGUAUUUGAUCACAUUUCAAAUCAAACAUCUCAAAAUGAUACUGAAAUGGAGAGUCAAACUGUGAAUCUCAGCCUGAAGUCAGAUCAAAGCAAAGCAGUGCAACGCAGGAAACGCCACCUCGCCGCUCUGGUGUCUAAAAACAGGCAGAGGAGAGAUUUGAGUGAAACAGGUUACAUGGCUUUCUCUAAGAGGGUGUUGAAGUGGAGGCUGAUAGGAGAAGGCUACAGCAGCCAGUUGUCUAUUGAAGACCAGAGGUACAUUUUCAGACUGGCCUUCAGGAUGUGGAGUGAGGUGUCUCCGCUGGAGUUUGUAGAGGAUACACGGUCCCCGCUGGAGGAUGUGGAUAUCAGGCUGGGCUUUGGCACAGGUGGGUCCAGCUGUCAAUUCUUAGGACAGCUUGCAUUCAAACACUACUGUGGCGUCACCAUAGUAACAAUGGUUUGUUCAUUACCAGCAAUUCAUCAAAUCUGUCAGACGAGAAGCCAAAAAAGUACAGAUUCUACCUUAAAAUAGAUUGAAAUUUAUAUCCAUGCAUUUUUAUGAUAUCCAAAAGGAAACAAGACCAUCGGCGACAAUCAUGAAGUCUAACAGUCUGCAAAAAUAGGAAGUGAUAUUUGUUAGCUUUGUGCAGAAACAGCUGAUAGAAAUGUUCACCAGAUGGCCAUUUUUUUACUUUCACAACUUGAAUAAAUACUUUUUAUAUCACCAAAGCUGCAGAAACAGCACUUUUUUUCUAAAAGCUUCUUUUUUCAUUUGGAUUUAUGUGCACCUGUGCUAUCUUGGGAAUAUGCUGGUUGUGUGCAUAAACCUUAAAGGGAUAUUCCAGUGUAAAACUAAUUUAAGGUCAAACACACCGUAACACUGAGUUAGACACUCCCUUGAGAGAUGAAUGUUGCCGACCGCUUGCUUGUCUAGUUAUACCAACUUUAGUAACGACCACAGGAUAGCAAUACACAGCGGUCUGAGGAGCCAUAAAUAAACCUCAACCAAAACGCCACUCUAUAGCCACAAAUAAUGCUCAGAACAGCACCUAACUUCAUCAACAGGACAUAUAGGGUCCCAGCCACAAACAUCUUUUUAACUUUGCCUAAUUUCUUUAGCAAAGAGACUAAACAUAAAACUAAAAUAAAUUGUGUCUGAUGCAAAUUGUGCCUCUGAAUUCCAAACAGGAAGACAUCUGGGCUGCAAUCAGAGGUUUGACGGCACCGGACAAGAGUUUGCACACGCCUGGUUCCUGGGUGAUAUCCACUUUGAUGAUGAUGAGCAUUUCACUGGUCCUAACGCCGGCAGUGGGAUCAGUCUCCUCAAAGUAAGCAGAAUACAGCUAGAUCAUUUAAAACAAUACACACUGUUAGAGAACUUAACAUCAUGACUGAAUUUACAGCUCAUUCGUUUCCCUUUUUAGGUGGCAGUUCAUGAGAUCGGCCAUGUUUUAGGUCUCCCUCACAUUUACAGAUCUGGCUCUAUAAUGCAGCCGAGCUACCUGCCCCAGGAGUCCAGCUUUGAGAUGGACUGGAUGGACAGGAAGGCCAUACAGCAUCUCUAUGGUAACAGCUCCACCUGCUGUUCCAGAAAAAGAAAGAAUUAGAUUUAUUUACACACUUAAAGCAACAAACUAAACUGUGUGUUUUCCCUUUUUAUCAUCAGGGGGCUGCAAAGGUCGAUUCGACACUGUGUUUGAUUGGAUCAGAAAGGAGAGGACACCCUACGGGGACGUUGUCAUCCGCUUCAACACCUAUUUCAUGCGGGGCAGCUGGUACUGGCUGUAUGAGAACAGGAAUAACAGAACUCGCUUUGGGGACCCAGUGGCACUGCAGAUUGGCUGGCGUGGAAUCCCCAUGGAUGGAGUGGAUGCAUAUGUGCAUGUUUGGUCCAGGAAAAGAGAUGCUGUUUACUUCUUUAAAGGUAAAAAAAAAAAAAAAGUACCAUCCCUCAUUUGCAUACGUGCUAAGUGAGCUCAUUUGUUUUGCAGUUUUCCCAGUAUUGUGAUUAUUUUUGUUGAAGUGGGUUAAAGACAUGUUUUGCGAAUGUUUUCAUGCACAGGUACUCAGUUCUGGAGGUACGACAGUGAGAAUGACCAGGUGUUCCGACAAGACCCUGAGGGGAACCGCUAUCCGAGAUCAAUAUCUGAAGGUUUCCCAGGAGUCCCAAGUCCCAUCGACACAGCUUUUUACGACAGGAGAGACUCCCACAUCUACUUCUUCAGAGACACUCGUGUAAGUCUCACACUUUCCUUUUCUUUUGAAACAAGAUGAGAGGAAAACAAAAGAAAUUCAUUUGCUUUAUUGGAAACAAUACAAGAUCUGGGAAUUGUGUUUAAUCGUGGCCCCCUAAAGGCACCACAAAUUCUGCCCUUGGGCCCCCUAAAAUUUGGAUCCACCCCUGGCCUAAAAAUACAGUUUCCUUUAUUUGAAUCAUAGUCGAACAAUGCAAGUUUGUACAAGUUGAUACACAAUAAGCAGAAGAAAGCCCAAGUUGAUCCACUUGUUUCUCAGCUUUAAAUUCAUUUAAACAAACCUGCCUCACGUCCUCUGUGAUUUGUUUGUGUGUUGUAAUUAAAUUGAUUUCCACAUAAGAGGCAAAACAAUUAUCUGUUCAAACAGGUGUACGCAUUCAACGUGGAAGCCAACAGCUUGGCAAGAGGCUUCCCCAGAAACAUCAGAGAUGUUUUCCCUGCAGUGGAGAGUGGAGACCAUCCAGAUGGCAACAUUGACGCUGCCUACUUCUCUUACACCCACAACGCCGUCUUUCUACUCAAGGGCACACGCUUCUGGCAGGUGGUGGGCAGCCGAAAUCGCUGGCGCCGGCCCUUUCUGCCACGGAAUGGCCUGCUGCCACACAAGGAGGUGGAUCAGCGCUGGUUCGACAUCUGCAACGUUCAUCCCACGGCACUCAAGCUAACACGGUGAGAGUGCCGGAGCAGAGACUCUUAGAAGACUGUUUCUGUGUACAGGUACGCUCUGCUCAGUCACCUGUUGUUGUAAUGUUCAGACCCCAAUUAUCUUCUUUUCUGUAAUGAUAAUUUAAGAUCCUAAAGACAAAAACAAAUGUUGAAUCUGUUGGCUUUCUUUUAAAUAAGGAGUUUUUUUGUAUUAAAAUGUGUCAGAUUGUCAUUUCCUAAUGUUGCUGAAAAGGAUGUGCUAUUUUUGCUUUAUUCACUAAUUUCUACUCUUGGACUGAAUGUCUGGGGAAACCUUUCAUUUCAUUUCAUUUCAUACUUUAUUUCAUUCAGUUAAUAUUUAAAACAUCCAAUACAAACAAGGAAAAAUCUCAAACAUUUGAAUGAAAAGGAGCAGAAAGAAGAAAACUCUUACAGAGCCAACAUCCCUUUUUUAAGUUUCCACAAAACGAACAGAAAAGACCACAUUAAUUCACAUUUUUUCACCAAACAAACAAACCAAGACUUCGAUGAACAUAUUCUCCUCAAUUUACUGGCUUUGACACUUUUUUGAAGAUAAAAUUUGAUUUAUCUUUUUUAGUUUCUUUGCUCAGAUUGUUCCACAAACUUAUUCCUCUCACUGUAACACAGCAUUCUUUCAGUUCAGUUCUGAAUCUUGGCUUUUUAAAUAUUUCAAAUCCUAUAAAUUAUAACAACUUUCUCUUUUUUCAAAUCAGCUCUUGAUGUUGACUGGUAAAGUUUUCCUAUGAGCUUUAUACAUAAUCUGCAACAUACUGAAAUCUACUAACUCUUUGUAUUGACUUCUACUAAUAAUUUCGUAUUGCUCUUUUUUGUAACCAAUCAUGUAGUCAUACUUGUAUCAUAACCACCUGCAGAAACACAAACCAAUAGUUUUGACUAGGUUGAAAGAACAUCAUGUGACCUGGGAGAUAUAAUGAUGGGACUCCUCAGAGAAAAUCCUUCCUGGCCUGGUUCAUCCGUCACAGAGAAUCAAACUUUUAAGCUGGUUUUGAAAGAAAACAAUAUUCAAACCUUACCAUAAGGAAGAGGACUACUUCUUCUAAAUCCCUCUCACUGUAAGAGGCAUGGUUAAAGAUUUACACACCAUCAGUCAAACCAGAGCCUAUUGAAAUUUAAAUUGCAGCAAAAUGAUUGAAAAGAGGCCUCAUCUUAUUACUUAAUACUGUUCCAUUUCAUGGCAAUCAUACAGCAAAGAAACAGACAUCGAUUCUGUAAUCGAUAUGUUACUUGAACGCUCUUAUUAAUUCAGCUCAUCUGCUGAAGAUUAAGCUCCUGGUGUGCCGCAGAUAACUAGCGUACUGCUCCAGGCACUCUGUAGGCUAUAUUAAUAAAUAGAAGUAGAAAUCAAUUACAAGCAAAGGAACAAAAUGUCACGGCAAGAGAGAGAACAGAGACAGAUGUCAUGGGAUGGUGAGUUUACAAAAUGAGCUCCUGUUUCUGCAAACACUCC